AUGUUGAAUGUAUUGGGUCGUUUCUCCCCUAAAACGGGAAAACACGCAUCAAAGUCUGUCAGUGUAAAGGAAACUGAUUUCACAAUGCCACACUGGGAGGGUCACGAGAUCGGCGUUCUGUCGACACUUGCGGGUUGCGCAGGAAUCCUGCAUGGAUCCAUGCCAAAGGGAUGGGUACGAUCAUUCAUCCAUCGUCAACCAGUUCCAGCCAUGUCCGUCUUCAUGUUCAGUGUAGGUGUACUUCUGCCGGUAACUGUUGUUCCGCUUCGUCGCGCAAUUGGACUCCCAACAAACCAAUAUGAUGCUGAGCACCCCAAGGUUAAAUACCCCAAAUUUGAAGCUUUGGAGUAA